ACUCCACCACCACCUUCCCUGUUAAUUUCAGCCUGAUCUGCUCACACAGACGCGGCGCUUUAGAUCCGUGCUGCUGCUGCUGCUUAUCGGUGAGAUCCGGAACAGACAGCCUGAAAAUACCGUUGUAUGUAAUUUGUUUUUGUUAUGAGCUGCGUGCCGUCGGCAUAAUGAGGCAGCGGAAAACACGCAGCUGAACGUGCAUACUGUGGAUCCAGCUCGUGAAAGCACCUUGCAUCCAGCUGCCAUGGGAGGUCAGAUCACCAGGAACACCUUCUACGAUUCCCUAAACGGGCCAUUUCCUUCAACAUCCCAUCGAUGCCAUCACAAGCCGAAGCGCUGCCUGCCCAUCCAGGUGUGUGGGAAUUUGUCCUCCUUUCCUCUGCUCUUCCAUCCCAGCACCAAGGGUUCACAGAUCAUCAUGGACAUGUCCCAGAGAACCGUCAAGAGACAGGCCAGCUUCUGUAAUGCCAUCACCUUCAGCAAUAGACCCAUUGCUGUUUACGAGCAAGUCCGACUAAAGAUAACUAAGAAGCAGUGCUGCUGGAGUGGUGCUCUACGUCUUGGUUUCACAUCCAAAGACCCAUCGAGGAUCAAUCCGGACACUUUGCCCAAGUACGCCUGCCCCGACCUGGUCUCCCAGAGUGGCUUCUGGGCAAAAGCCCUGCCAGAGGAACUCUCCAAUGAAGGGAAUGUCAUCUCCUUUUGGGCGGAUAAGAAGGGCAGAGUUUUUUACCGCAUCAACAACUCCAGUACCAUGCUGUUCUUCAGCGGCAUACAUGUGGGGGAGCCUCUCUGGGCUCUCAUAGACGUCUACGGUCUCACCAGGGGGGUCCAGCUGCUAGACAGUGAGAUGGUCCCUCUGGACUGUCUGCGUCCUCGUUCCUUUGCUGCCACCCACCAGGCCCCCGUCCGGCGGAACAGUCAUGACCCUCGCCUCUCCAUCAGCCUGUGUGACCUCAGUCUGCAGCCACAAGAGUUGCACCUAGAGGAAGAUGAUGAAGAGGAAGAACAGCUGCAGCGCAUAAGCUCCUCCUCCUGCCAUGUUCCCCAGAACUCUCACAACUCCCAGCAGUGCUCACAACUGCCCAGCCACCUAGACACCGAUCUUCAGUUUCACACGGUGCACGGCCUCCAUGUCACCAUGCUGGACAAGCACACGGUGGCACGGUUGGAUCACCGUGGUGAUGAGAGGACCCUGGUGUUCACCAACCGUGCAGUGCAAUGCUCAGAAACCGUGUUUGUGAAGGUGAAGGCAGGAGUCACCCGAGCUGGUUCUCUUUCUCAUGGUGUGACGUCCUGUGACCCGUCCACCUUGAGGCCCUGUGAUCUCCCAUCCAACCCAGAGUCCCUGGUUGAUCGCAAGGAAUUCUGGGCCAUGUGUAGGGUGGCGGUGCCACUUCAGAGUGGAGAUAUUUUGGGCUUUGUGAUGAAUGCAGAGGGGGAGGUCACGAUGAGCCAUAAUGGAAUCAGUGCUGGAAUGCAGCUGUGUGUGGAUAACUCCAGGCCUCUCUGGAUGUUCAUCUGUCUGCCCAGCACCAUCACACAACUCAGGAUUUUAGGCUCAUCUCUGCAUGCUGACUAUCGAGGCCCAUCGGUGCCCAGCUCCCCGUCGUGUACACCCAACACCCCAACAAUCCUUAACAGCAGCAGCUCUGAGUCCACCCUCAACUCUUCUAUGAAAAUCAACCUCAAUGCAAGCCUUAACUCCAACUACAACACGCUGUUUUCUUCCUCAGCAGGUACAACCCCAAGCUCUCCAUUUUCAAGCCACCCCGAGUCCCCCACCUUCCCAUCCUGCUCCGGCUCAUGGAGUGACGAAUGCACCAUUUGCUACGAGAAUGCGGUGGACACCGUCCUUUAUGCCUGUGGACACAUGUGUCUCUGCUACAGAUGUGGCCUCAAACUCAAGAAGAUGGCCAAUGCGUGCUGCCCCAUCUGCAGAAGGACAAUCAAAGAUAUCAUCAAGACCUACCGGACCUCGUAGACUUGUGCUAAACGAUGUUACGGGAUUAAAAAGCCAUGUGAGACUUUGUAAAUGCUUUUUGUGUGUGAAAUCUGGCUCAGGUAUCGCUACAGCAGGACUUAUUAUCUAGUGCACAUCAUUGCAAAGCUCAUUAAAAGCCAUUCUGAAAACAAUGUGAUCAACAGAGGUUAAGAGACACGCCACUUCCUGUGAAGUAACCCCUCAUCCUAGAAGUGACCGUCCGCCUAGAGUAAAAUUGUCCAGAGCUGUGGAAAAUAACAAACAGAAUCAAUCUGUGCUUUCACCAGCUGCUCCUCUGCUGCGUGUCAGGAAGCAUCGAGUCAGACUGCUGUUUGAGAGGAAGAAUCAAUUCUCUCCUAAAUCUGAGAGAAAUGUAAAGGGAAGGUAGUUUUAUUUAAAAUCUCCAGAAGGCGUCUGGAUCCCAGAGAACAAAUAGGUAGAAAGGCUAGGAAAAGGGAAGAUUUUGUGAGAAAGGGCACUGCUAGAAAUUACACACACCAUGUGGGUAAACAAAUCACUAAAGAAUCUCUAAUGUGUAAUAAGUCAAGUGUUUGGCUGAAUGAAAUGAAUACUCUGACCUUCCAUCAAGAGAAUGCAAUGCCGAUUGCGUUUCUUUUUUUUUUUUUGGCGCUAUAGUUUCCGAAACUGCUCAGGGUCUUGCGCCUGCUGAUGACGUCAUCAUAAUACGGCAAUACCAUUCGGCCAAAAUAUAUUGCAUCUUUUUUCAAUUCUGUUUUUUCACAUAGGUUUUGGAAAGAGUUUAGCAGUUUUGUUAUUAAAUUUGUGUUUCUUACAACCUAAAUGUUUUCGAACGUCGUGAAGUCGUAUAUCCAGCCAAUCAUCUAGUGUGACGUCAUUUAAAGGAGCAGGACCCUGAGCCGGCCAGAAGGAAAAAUGGCGUCUAAUAUGGCGUCCUCCAAAGACAGUAGACAGAUUUUAUGGUUAUGUCACAAAGCCACUGUUAUUUCCAAGGACUGGACAUCAUUUUAUUCAUUUUCAACAACAUUUUGAUGGAUAUUUCCAGAGAUUAAAGGUAAAACGACACACUGCCGCUUUAAGAAAGUGUUAGGAUGUUACGUUAGAAGGUCAUGUAUGUUGGAAAUGAAGAGGUGAGGAUGCUGAAGAGGAACGAUGAGUGUAGAGGAGGAGACAUUUUAGAUGAAUGUGCCUGUUUUGUUGAAAAGAAAAUGCUUGUUUAGCUUUUUGGCAGCUGUGUCCGCCUUCUUAGUUCUGUGAUUGCACAAAAAAUCAAUGAAACAGAUGAUUAUUGAGCUGUUGGGUAUUUUUUCAAUGCUAAAAGAGCACAACUCCUCAUCAUUUUAAUAAUCCAAUAAAAGCACAGGCCUCUGCUUACUUCAGAUAAUAUGUUUUGUUUUGUGUUGGUGGAAUUAAAACUGUAAUAGUUAAUUCAGUUACAGUCGAUAUAUGAAUAAUGCAUCUUUUUAUUAAUUAAAAUUCACAAGUGUACAAUCAGUGACACAGAUGUAAUGUUUUGUGACUCAGAUUUCUUUUUGCAUAUCAGUUUCUGAGUGCAGCUUGGUCAGUAGAAACUAGCCCACACUCUCACUUUUGUAUUUCUGUAUUAUAGGCUUAAUUCAUUUAUGACAUCAUGAGAAAUCCAAGAUCUUUUUCUUCUGUGAAGCUAUAAUUAAAUAUAGUGAGUGGUCUUUUAAGUUUCAAAGCUUGUCAUCUCAUCACUGUAGAAGGAGAGCUUUUUGUUUCGUGACACGGGAAUCAGGUUUCUGGGUUUUGACUCAGGAGAUUGAACCCUGGGCAUUAUUCUAAUACCUCAUUUUUGUGGUUGUGGUUUUUCUGGCAUGCACAGAUUGAACCUCCUGUAGAUGAAACCAGACACAAAGAUAUGCUUAUUUCUUUUAAAUCUUGCAUACAAUGUUUGAAUGUGGCUGUGUCCCUCUCUGUCACUGCGUUGCACAGUACUGGAAUUUUAUUUUGCGUGUCAACAGAACUUCUGUUUAUACAUUUAUACCUGCCUAGGUUUUCCUUUUUGACCAAAUAUGACAUAAAGAAUUUAAACCUUGUGUAGUAUUUUUACUAUAGACAUGUGCUAGUAAUUGCAACUGUACAUUAAAAGUGUAUUUAUUUUUCAACAUAAAGAAUUACGCCGCGUGUUUUAUAUGUGUGGUUAUGGUGUCAAAAAUGUAAAUUAGAAUGUAAAAUCUUUACUAAAUUUAUUCUUUCAAAUGA